CCAGCCAGCCGGCGGCGACAAAUCUCGGCGAGAGCGAAUAUGUCUUAUCUGCUUCCCCACCUGCACUCCGGCUGGGCCGUGGACCAGGCCAUCCUCGCCGAGGAGGAGCGUCUUGUGCUAAUCCGCUUCGGCCACGACUGGGACGAAACUUGUAUGCAGAUGGAUGAGGUGCUGUCAGGGGUGGCUGAGACCAUCAAGAACUUUGCCGUGAUCUACCUUGUUGACAUCACCGAGGUUCCGGAUUUCAACACCAUGUACGAGCUGUACGACCCGUCAACGGUCAUGUUCUUCUUCCGCAACAAGUACAUCAUGAUUGAUCUUGGGACAGGAAACAACAACAAGAUCAACUGGGCAAUGAAAGACAAGCAAGAGUUUGUUGACAUCGUGGAGACUGUCUACAGAGGAGCUCGUAAGGGCCGUGGUCUGGUGAUUGCUCCCAAGGAUUACUCCACCAAAUACUGGUACUGAGGUAUAUGUGCCUGUCUCUUCAUGUGCAGUAUUCCAGUGUGUGGCCUUCUCUGUUCUGUGAAAUGCCAGCACUUGCGCUGUGACCCUUGAUGUAAUGUCUGUCAACUUUCGGAGUCUCGCGUAACUGUGUGUCUGUAUUUUGAAUAUCGACACGUCAUAAACCUGUAACCCUUCAA